AUGAAGACAGCAGGGACAGGGAGACAUAAUUACAGAGGGAAAAAGAUUUGUGAAGAGGCAACUACUGUUGAUUGGAGAGGAAAGCCUUCCAAUCCCAAUAAGCAUGGUGGAAUGAGAGCUUCUGCCUUUGUUCUAGGGCUCCAAGGAUUUGAGAUCAUGGCAAUAGCAGCAGUUGGGAACAACCUGAUAACAUAUGUGAUAAAUGAGAUGCACUUUUCAUUGUCAAAAUCUGCAAACAUAGUGACAAAUUUUAUAGGAACUGUCUUCAUUCUAGCACUUCUUGGUGGCUACCUCUCUGAUUCUUAUCUUGGUUGCUUUUGGACCAUGCUCACUUUUGGCUUUGUCGAACUUUCUGGUUUCAUAUUACUAUCAGUUCAAGCCCAUCUUCCCCAACUAAAACCACCAAAAUGCAACAUGGUAACUGAUGGAGACAAUUGUGUAGAAGCCAAGGGGUUCAAAUCCUUGAUAUUUCUUAUAGCCCUUUAUUUGGUUGCAUUAGGGAGUGGCUGUGUUAAGCCCAACAUGAUAGCUCAUGGUGCUGAUCAAUUUAACCAGAUUGAUCCAAAUCAAUCCAAUAAGCUUUCCAAAUACUUCAAUGCUGCAUACUUUGCCUUCUCCAUUGGUGAACUUGUUGCCUUAACUCUCCUUGUUUGGGUCCAAACACAUUCCGGAAUGGACGUCGGGUUCGGAAUCUCGGCUGCUGCCAUGGCCUUGGGGUUAAUCAGCUUGAUUUGUGGAACAUUCCUUUAUAGGAACAAGCCUCCUCAAGGCAGCAUCUUGACUCCUAUUGCACAAGUGUUUGUGGCUGCAAUAUUAAAAAGAAAAAGUUUCUGUCCUUCUGAUCCUCGAAUGCUUCAUGGAAGUCAAUCCAAGGAUCCUAAUAGUGACAACGAUGGCAAUCUUCAACUAACUGAAAGAUUCAGGUUCUUGAAUAAGGCUUGUAUUGAACUUGAAGAUGGAAAUAAUAAAAGAGAAAGUCCAUGGAGGCUCUGCACUGUAAACCAAGUAGAGCAAGCAAAGAUACUGAUUUCAAUUAUUCCAAUAUUUGCAUGCACAAUUGUGUUCAAUACAAUCUUAGCACAAUUACAGACAUUCUCAGUUCAACAAGGAAGUUCUAUGAACACUCAGUUAACCAAAUCCUUCCACAUUCCUCCGGCUUCUCUUCAAUCCAUUCCUUACAUCAUUCUAAUAUUCAUACUCCCUCUUUACGACACAUUCUUCGUCCCUUUUGCUCGAAAAAUCACUGGACAUGACUCUGGUAUAACUCCUUUACAGCGAAUAGGAUUCGGCCUUUUUACUGCUACAUUUUCAAUGAUCUCAGCAGCCAUAAUGGAGAGUAAGAGAAAGAAUGCUGCUGUGAAUUCAUGCAAACAAUUGUCCGUGUUUUGGAUCACGCCGCAGUUUUUGAUCUUCGGGAUAUCAGAAAUGUUCACAGCAGUCGGCCUAAUCGAAUUCUUCUACAAACAGUCCUUGAAAGGAAUGCAAUCCUUUUUAACAGCAAUAACUUAUUGCUCAUACUCGUUUGGCUUUUACUUCAGCUCAGUACUUGUUUAUCUUGUAAACAAGGUCACUUCACAUUCCUCUGGUGGUGGAUGGCUCAGUGAAAACAAUCUCAACAAAGACAGAUUAGACCUCUUCUAUUGGUUGCUAGCAGCUCUAAGUUUCAUUAACUUCCUCAACUAUCUGUUCUGGUCAAAUUGGUACUUUCACAACCGAUCUCCAUCGGCCUCACCGCGACCUGAUUUUAACAGUCAGGAUUUGUACAAUCCCAAUCUCAGUACCCCAGAAAUUGUGGGAGAUGAAAAUGUACCUUAA